GCUUGUGCACGUAAUACGACUGGUAAUCUUACCAAAUGAGCGUGUCGCUAUGCUAGCCUUCUUCGCUAGGCUGUCGCGUUUGAACCCGCCAACUCCCAUCCUUGCCCCUCUCACCUGUCCAGCGCAUACACAACCAUGCGACUAUUGCGACGCAGCGAUACUGGCGAUAUCACUCUUACUCAGUUUUCGGAUAAGGACAUUCCUCAUUAUGCAAUACUUUCGCACACGUGGGGACCAGAUGCUGAGGAGGUCACUUUUGGAGACCUGGUAAAUGGCACUGGGAGGGAUAAGUCGGGCUAUAAGAAGAUCCUUUUUUGUGGGGAACAAGCCGCACAGGAUGGCCUGGAAUACUUCUGGCUCGACACAUGUUGUAUCGACAAAUCAAGCAGCGCAGAACUCACCGAGGCCAUCAAUUCGAUGUUUAAAUGGUAUCGAGCCUCUGAUAUUUGUUACGCAUUCCUCAGCGAUUUGGAGCACGGAAAACAAUCGCUCUGGGAUUGUAAAUGGUUCAGACGCGGUUGGACGCUCCAGGAGCUGAUUGCGCCAUCCAUCGUUCGAUUCUAUGACGCGGAGUGGAAUUUUCGAGGCGAUAAGCUCACUCUACGUUCAGAACUGGCGUCCAUUACUCAAGUUGAUCCAGACGUUUUGACCAAUGCUGUAUCUCUCGCAGAGGUGCCGGUAGCUGUGCGAAUAUCAUGGGCCGCUAGGAGGGAGACAAAGAGAGAAGAAGACCGCGCAUACAGUUUGCUUGGGAUACUUGGAAUCAAUAUGCCUAUGCUCUACGGAGAGGGAGAGAAUUCGUUUAUCCGACUGCAAAAAGAAAUCAUUAGAAACAGUCCUGAUAUGUCCAUUUUCGGAUGGACUCGAACGAACACGAUAGCCCAGGGUGGCCAAUAUAGUGGUCUGCUUGCCUCAUCACCAGCUGACUUCGAAGACAGUAGAUCCUUGGUAGUCGCGCAGGAUACUGUCUUCGAUAUUUGUGAAUUCUCAAUCACUAAUAGAGGACUGAAGUUCGAAGUCCCACUAUCAAUGGAUCCGAGCACAGGCUGCCACAUUCUUCCUAUCAAUCAUAAACGAAAUUCACCCAACACGGGAGGUCAUUCUCUUGGAGUAUUUCUGCGACAAGUUGGACCUAGUCUAUAUGUACGGGCCCUUCCACAUCUCGUAGGGUCGAUUCGGCGUCGUAGAUCUAUCAAAUCUUUUCAAGUUGCUACGACACUUUCACUGAAGGAAGCCACUGCUAUCCGGGAGCGAGUUCUUUCCAUUACCAGGCCAAUACAUCUGAACCAUCCGGACAUUGGGCUUUCCGAGAUUGAGCCUGUUGGUUGUUGGGACCCGUUUCGAAGAAUGUUGUUUGCAGGACAUACAGGCGUGUUUCUGGGCUUCCUCCAUUUUAUGCCUGAGUGGGCUGACGAGUUUGAUUCUUUUGUCCUUGUGUGCCGUUUUGAUUGGACAAGAGACCCAUCUUGGCGAUUUGACUUAGUACGUGGCGAUGACUGGCUGGACAUUCGGCCGAGAUAUCACAAUCUAUACGAAUACAACUAUAGCGCAUUCAUGAUGUAUCGGCCAAUGCUAAGUUUGGAUCUUCCGCAUCUGUAUGAUGAAUCAAGAAGAAAGCAAGUAGUAGUAUAUCUGGCCUCAGAUGAGCUCCCUACAAAGGGAUGCGCUUCUCUCAGCUUGGAAGUCAAAGAUUUGGAGAUAGCAGCUGAAUAAUACCCUAGCGGGUUUAUCCUCUCUGUACCACUUCUCUGUAUGGAUCAAUUCGUAUUUAAAGGUGCAU